AAGUUCCUUUGUACCUACCGUGUUUGAAGUUGGUGGUUGUUGGUGGUGGACUAGAGGAGAAGGAGAUGUGAUUCGGCGAUGGCCGGAUGCAGUGGAAGAGCCGAAGGCGGCAAAGAUGGUCUGGGAUGGGCGAGGCGACGGCCCCACAGCUGGCACUGUUCCAUCGAGGGCGCUGCUUACCAUUCUCCUCCACCCCCGAUGGACAGACGGCCGCAUGGAAGCGGAAGAAUGGACGGGCAACGCGCUUUGGACUUGAUGCCUUUACUGCAGGAGAGGCUUGUUAUAUUAACGGGCGGCAGGGACAGACGGGGUGGGCCAGUCCUGUCUUUUCCUGCGAGCCCACGACGGGAAAGGGCCAAACCGGAAGACUACAAACGCCUCCUGCAAUACCUCAUGGCAAUACCAAACGAUGAAUGUCGUUCGUUGGGUUUCACCGUUCUUGUGGACAUGCGUGGCUCCACGUGGUCCACCGUGAAGCCCAUACUGAAAGUUCUGCACGAACAUUUUCCACCUGGUGCCGUUCACCAAGCGCUGAUCGUGAAGCCGGACAACUUCUGGCAGAAACAGAGGACGUCGCUUGGUUCACAUAAGUACAAAUUUGAGACAAAUAUGAUAAGCCUAGAAGCCUUGCCGAAGAUAAUAGAUACCUCACAGUUGACCUCGGAUUUAGAGGGGACUUUAAGUUACGACCACAGCUGUUGGCUGGAGACGAGGAAGGCCGUGGAGGAGUUCUCGUGGCAGGCGUCCGAUCUACUGGAUCGUCUGGACGAUCUGCAGGAGGAUUUGGCCAGGAACGACUUUGCCGAGGACGUGAGCGGUGCCAAGCACAAGAUCGACCUGCACAACGAGAUGCGGAACAAGAUCAAGAAGGUGCCUCUCGAAGACGUCGACAUGUUAG